AUGUUUCCUCGGAUAUUUAUCCGCGGUAUCCAGCUCCGAUGCAACCUGCUUAGGACGAGAGUUAGAAGCGCUCGGCAUGGUCAUGGUGGCCAGACGAUCUUAUGUCGUGGGAACUGUGGCCAACCGGAGGGUUCAGUGCACAUUUUGCAAUCCUGCUGGAUCACGCAUGACGCCAGAUGUGCUCGUCAUAAUCGGGUUGCAAGAGAACUCGCAAAAUAUCUCCGUCCACUGGGAUAUACUGUCUUCGAAGUGUUGAGAGCACCUACUUCGACGUACUUUAUCAAACCUGACCUAAUUGCUGUUCGAGAUCACCGAGCAACUGUAACAGACGUUAUUGUAAUCUCGAAUGUGCGCGAAGUGACUGUGUGGAAUAAGAAGAAGCAGAAGUAUGGUGCUGGUGAAUAUUCCUUCACCAUAAUCUCAGCCCUGCGUGCAAUCGGUUUUGAUGUCGACUUCUUCGUCUACCAGUCGAUGAUUAUCUCAUAUCGGGUUCAUGCAAUACAUACGAUUGACGGAAAUUCGAGAAAUUCGUCCCGUCUGAUGAGCUCCGAGAUGGCCGAAAUCGGUCUCGGGUUGCCGGAGGAUUUUUAG